AUGGCAUCAACUACCGUUUCUACAACCGAAUAUGUACCAAGACAUGCUUAUCCUGUACUUGAUACCGAUCCUCACUUCAAAAGAGUGAUGGGGUAUUUACGUGGUUCUGAUCUAGCUACUUGGGCUGGUCUCACUGCUAUGGUUCCUGGUCUUUUAUAUGCUUGGGGUAAUGUUAAAACUCAACCAAGAUUUUAUGGAAUUGGUACUUGGAUUGGAUUUUGUGGUGGAUUUUUAAUGGCUUAUCAGAAAUCAUGUAAUCGAUUUUUGGGAUGGACUGAGAAUGAACGUGAACAAGAAUUACAAGAAGCUGAAUUCACUAAAUUGGCUAGAGCAGGUAAACCGAUUUGGGGAGAAUCAACACUUCAACCAUGGAUUCAAUCUACUGCUCAUCAUAACUCACAAUUCGCUCAUAUGAAAUUCUCGACAAUUCCUUGGUUUAACUUUGUAAAUCAUCCUUACCAUGGAGUUGAUGUAUCUAAAUAUUAUCAAGAUGCAAAAGUUUGGAGGCACGAGAAUGGAUUAGAGAAUUAA